CGCGGAGGGGUCCACUUAUUUGAAAUUCCAAGUCUUUCCGCAGAGUAGAAAAUAUACUAAACAACGCUAUAUAGGCGUUAAACGUUAGAAAUGUUAUCGGCGGGUAGCGACCUUCAAAAGAAUUAGGUAAACAAACAUGCAGGUGCCACGGUUAAACCUACGAUUGAGACAGUUGUUUCAAAUUUUUAUUGUGGAAAUUUGCUUGGGGCUGCUGACGAUUACCUAUAAUUUCUGGAAAGCUAACGGCUCUCUGUUCCUGGCGCGUGUGAUACCCCAGUUAGCCGGAAGCGCGGUUCUGCUUGCCACCGGCACUGCGGGACUGUUCGUCAUUAGGCAAACACGCGCAUCCUUCGAUGCCAGCAUAUUCUUGUCACCGGCCGGCCUGAACAUUGUCGUGCUAACGCUCUUCAUGGAAGAUGUGGGGUACAUCCUUCAGGAAGGCCUCACCCGCGUCAUCUCCGGUCAAAUGGAAUGGUCUUGCCAAGUGGAUAUGUGGAUGUACUUAAUAUUCCCGGUUAUCACCGACCUUCUAGUUGCAGGAUUUGCGUUCCUUGCUGUAUGCAAAACCGUAAACUACCUCGACGAUGUCGUCGAUGAGUACCAGGAGGAUAUAAUGAUCCGCGAUCAUCUAGCCCCCAACGCAUUUCCUCCAUACACACGGGCCGUGACAACGGAUGAAACCGCCGCCGGGCAUACGAAUAAGCAACCGUAAUUGUUGUGCUGUUUGUCAUAAAUGCUAUGCCCAUAAAGACUGAAACGGGUACCACCAAAAGAAUUCCACAUUGCUUAAGCUGCCUUCAAUAUUAUUGAUUAUGCAAGAAAUCAGAAUUUUACCUGAUUAGUUUUUGACCUCUAUUGCUUGCCCCGCUUAUAUAGUGUUGCACUGAAAUGUCUUGUACGCUAGUUUGCGGUUUAUAAAACUAAUAUUCUAUAAUUAUUGCAGUUUUUAUUCAGUGAAAUCAAGUUUCGUAUUUUGAUUUAAUAAAACUUCUUAAAAUUUCA